AGCAUUCCUCUUCGAUGUUUUCAUCACAUCUUGCCCGACAAUGAACGACUGCGUCAGCAUUUUGGGUGGGGAAUUUCAACUUCUUCGGGUGACCCCAGAAUUAUACAAUGAAGCUGAAGAGAUAUUGACUGAUUUGUCGAUAAACGAGGAAUUUUUAUGCCUUACCACCAAUCUAAAGGAUUCGCCAGAGGCGAUUAAAGAGCUCCGGACUCUGAUUCGACAUAUUCUUUCCUGUGGAAUUUCGUUUGUCAUUCGGCAGGUGGCAAGUGGAAGAAUUGUUGCUGCCCUGGCCGGUAUAAUAUUCAACUACAAAAAAGAAUCUUCUUACUUUCAAAUAAUGGCUCAGUUUAAAAGUCCCACCAUGAUCAGAUACAGGCAAUUGAUGGAUGCCAUCGAGGACAGCUUUGAUAUGUACAAGGAGUGGAAGGUGGACAGUAUUGUUGAGGUGGAAUAUUUGGGUACUAAACCAGAAUUCAGAGGUCGUGGCUUAUCAGGAAUGCUAAGCCAGCGUAUCAUUAGUUUUGGAAAGCUAAUGUCGCAGGGAAAACUUCCUCCGGAUGUAUUCGCCCAACUGUCAAAUGAAAUGCAAGUUAAUAAGCCCGGUGCCAUAUGUACAAUUGUCACAUCGCCAUCAUACGUAAAGUACGCAGAGAGGAGGGGUCUUCAAGUGGCCCACAGGUGGACUAUUUCAGACUUGAGAUCCUGGGGAGGAAAUACCGUAGGACCUAGUGACGACGAGGCGUAUGCAGAGCUUUAUAUGAUAAAGUAUUAAAACGUGCAAGUCUGGAAUAUUAAUAUUUGCGAACCAUAGGAAAUGAAUCCUCUUUAAUGUAAGUUCUGACGAAAAUUGAAAUAAAUCAACGUGCGAAAUUGUCACCUGUUUAAUCCACUU